UUGACGAUACUCAAGUUAUAAAAUGCCUUCACAGACGCCAAUGACAGACAAACCACCUGAUCGUCGUUGAAGAUAUCUGUCUCCUCCAACCUCAGGCUGCCCCGGCUCAGUCGAUGUACCCCGUUAGGCCGAAUGCUAGCUGCACUGAUGGAAUACCCAUUUCCGCAUACCUACGUACUCAGGCGCCAUCAAACCCGGAGCUCGCAGGUGCCCUUGGUCCUGCACCUAGACAAUAUGUACGGCCCCAACCCAAUACAUCUGAUGGAACAGUCAACUCCCCAUAUCCGUCUACUCCAAAUGCGCUAGGCCACGAAGGGUCAUCUUCUGUGCGCCUUGCGUACCCAUACCCUGAGAGGAACGUUGUACACCCCGCCAACUACACGGGACAUACACCACCCGCUGCCAAUAAAAUGAUAUACAACACUACCGUUCCUCCGGGGUUUCACCGGCUUCCGCAGACAGCCAGCGUGGACAAAUGCGUACAGCCGUCUUCGUGGAGUAGGAUAGGAUCCCAGCAUGCGCCUAUCAAAUUUAACAGGAAGGGCGGGGGCAAUCCUUUCCGCGUCGACGAGCUAAUUGAGCUCUCCGAUAUGAUGCCAAAGAUAGAAGGAAGGCACGAUCAGGUGUUUAAGAACAUAGGAGAGAGGUAUAUCAAGGUCGUGAUGACGUGGCCUGGAUAUGGUCAAUUUCCUGUGGAACGGCGAAUUUGCACAGAAAACGGAACCCUCACGAGGGCUAAGCUGCUCAUGAUCUUAGCAACGCAUAUCGAGGAGUUCAUGCACCACGUCCAUCGCAAAGAAAUACCUGUGGAAACGGGAUACGAGAAGUACGAGCUCAUAUGGAGGCCACGUGGGAAACCGAGCAUCUGGAGAGAUUGUUUGAUCACUAGUCUUGUCCACCGAUCAGGAUCCACCUGGCAGGUAGAACUUUAUGCGAAGGUUUGAGGCGGAGGAUGUGCAUAUCAUUAUUCCAUAGUUAUAAUGUGGUAUAGCAAGCCUGGAGCUUGCAGAGAGAAUCCUGUAUCAAUAAAAUGCUCCAUAUCUUGCUGUCAUGUAUCUUUGGUGAUUUGCGGGUCAGAGUUCGCAUGUUCAACGGCCG